UCCUGUUUUGUAAUUGUUUGCAUUUCCAAGUUCUUACUAUUAUGUCUUAUUCUCCUUCUCCUUCUCCUCUUCCUGGCGAUUUAUAUGAUAACGUAGAUGAUGUUUAUACUCUAGAUUCUUCUUCUCAUGAUCCUAUUUGGCUCAUUGUUGGUAUGUUUGGUUUUAUUCUAUUGUUAGUAUGUUGUCUGUUCUCAUCAAAUGCAAACUCCACGGAAAAGAAGGCGGAGGAAUUAGAGAAUGAUGAAUCUCGGUUUAAUUCCCUGGCCAUGGUCCAGUUCCUUGAUGACAUUGAAAAGGAAAAGCCCACCCGGUUCACCUAUCAACAACUAAGAAUAGCUACAGAUAACUUCAGCAUCAUGCUAGGUUCAGGGGGCUUCGGGACAGUUUACAAGGGAAUCAUUAGCAACAACAAGUCUGUAGCUGUGAAAGUACUAAAUGGAGCCUCUAACAAGCGAAUAGAGGAACAAUUCAUGGCAGAAGUAAGUACUAUGGGAAGAACCCAUCACUUUAAUCUUGUUAGACUUUAUGGGUUUUGCUUUGAAUCCAGUUUAAUAGCUCUUGUAUACGAGUUCAUGGUUAACGGCUCGUUGGAUAAUCACUUGUUUAAAGCGAACAAAGGAGAUAUGAUGGGGUUCGACAAGCUUCAUGAAAUUGCGGUGGGAACUGCGAGAGGCAUCGCGUACUUGCAUGAAGAAUGUGCUCAAAGAAUAGUUCACUAUGAUAUUAAACCAGGAAAUAUACUCUUGGAUUCAAAAUUUUGUGCAAAAGUAGCCGAUUUUGGUUUGGCCAAACUUUGCAAUAGGGAUAAGACCCAUAUAACUAUGACAGCAGGACGAGGUACCCCAGGCUAUGCAGCUCCUGAGCUCUGGACACCUCAUCCCAUUACACAAAAAUGUGAUGUUUAUAGUUUCGGGAUGCUACUUUUUGAGAUCAUCGGGAGAAGGAGAAAUAUGGACGUGUCUCUAGGUGAGAGCCAACAAUGGUUCCCGAUUUGGGCAUGGGGCAAAUAUGAGAAAAAACAAUUGAAAGAUUUGAUGAUAGUUUGUGGGAUUGAAGAGAAGGAUCAACAAGUGGUGGAGAGGAUGCUAAAGGUGGCUCUUUGUUGUGUUCAAUAUAGGCCGGAGGCUAGGCCGGUGAUGAGCAUCAUCGUUAGGAUGUUGGAAGGUGUGUUAGACGUCCCUGAGCCUUUAAAUCCUUUUACAUAUUUGUUUUCAGGGGCUGAUGAACCUAAUGAUUCUUUGGCUCGAAUGGCGUGGAAUGUGGGUGGUUCAGACUGGUCUUCGUCUGAAGUUGUAACAAGAUCGGUUGGAGUCAUGGAGACACCACUUAUGAAGAAAUAUGAGAUUACAAUGGCAUCUGAAUAA